UCGUGCUACUGUUUCAUACGACGUCUACUUAAAUCUGACAAAAUAUUUGAAAAAAGAAGAUCAGUAUGUUGUAUGGGAAACGACUCGACGAGCACUAUCUUAUUUAGACCGUAUGCUUGCCAUGGACGAGAGUUAUGGAGCUUUUCAAGCAUAUUUGCGUACGCUUGUAGAUGAUCCUAUUAAAUCAGUCGACUGGACAACAAUGAAAGAAGAUAAACAUCAUAUGAAGCA